GCCUGGCUAAUUUCGGUUAACCGGCUAAGCCGAGUAGUCAGCCAGCUAAUUAGCCUGGUUAACUUCCUUAACCGGCUUGGCCGGCUAAUUUGUACAGCCCUAAUAAUUUGUCUUCUUCCAUCUGACACGAAUUCAAGGUCUAGAACGUUCCCACUAGAUUCGUGACUUUAAUUUCUCUCAGAUUGUGUUGUAGCUAAUCAAAGAGAAUGUCUGACACACAAGGGAAACCAAUUUCAUGUAAAGCAGCUGUAUGCUGGGGCCCCAAGGAAGAACUCAAAAUUGAAGAUGUUGAAGUUGCUCCACCAAAGGCCCAUGAAGUCAGAAUAAAGAUCAUCAACACAGCAGUGUGUCAUACUGAUGCUUACACUAAAGAGGGCCAUGAUUCUGAGGGCGUCUUUCCAGUUAUUUUGGGUCAUGAAGCUGCUGGUAUUGUUGAAAGUAUUGGUGAAGGUGUAACAAACGUUAAACCAGGUGACAGGGUAAUCCCACUAUAUGUUCCCCAAUGCAAAGAAUGCAAGUUCUGCAAAUCUCCCAAAACCAAUCUGUGUCAGAAAAUUCGCAUUACCCAAGGAAAAGGCGUUAUGCCUGAUGGUACUACUCGUUUCACAUGCAAAGGCAAACCAGUUCACUCCUUUAUGGGCUGCUCCACCUUCACCCAAUAUACAGUGGUUUCUGAUAUUUCCGUUUGCAAGAUCAAUGAUAAAGCCCCCUUUGAGAAGGUGUGCCUCUUGGGAUGUGGUGUGCCCACUGGGUAUGGUGCUGCUUUGAAUACAGCCAAAGUUGAGAAAGGUUCGACUUGCGCGAUUUGGGGUCUUGGAGCGGUCGGUCUUGCAGUGGCUUUGGGAUGCAAAGCUGCUGGUGCCAGUCGAAUCAUCGGCGUUGAUCUGAACCCCGCAAAAUUCGAAGUCGCCAAAAAGUUCGGCGUGACGGAAUUCGUCAAUCCCGCAGACCAUGAGAAACCAAUCCAACAGGUAUUGGUCGAAUUGACCGACGGUGGCUUAGACUACACAUUCGAGUGUGUCGGCAAUGUGAAAACAAUGCGGGCUGCGUUGGAGGCCUGCCACAAGGGCUGGGGAGUAUCUACUAUCAUUGGGGUAGCUCCUGCUGGUCAUGAGAUAUCCACCAUGCCUUUCCAGUUAGUCACUGGGAGAGUGUGGAAGGGAACCGCUUUCGGCGGAUACAAGAGUAUCGAUGGAGUGCCGCAACUUGUCGAGGACUUCUUGGCUGGGAAAUUACCACUAGACGAUUUCAUCACGCAUAACAUGCCGUUGGAGAAGAUCAACGAGGCGUUUGAGUUGAUGCAUGCGGGAAAAAGUCUUAGGGCUGUUGUAGGGUUAUAAACAAGCCAACAAUGCACCAAUUCAACAGAAAAUGUUUUUGAUUUUUUAUAUUCUUAUGAGAAAUAUAAAAAUAAAAAGGUAAUGCUUCA